GCUAGGUCAUUUAAUGAAUAACUCUUUAUUUAGAUCAUUAAAAGUGUCCGAUGGGUCGAGGAAAGAUCAGUAACUUCAACAUGUCUGGAGACAGUGAUCUGGUGAUUGAAGAGGCUUUCCGGCGAGCACAGAAAGCUCAUCAUAACAAGGCCAAACUUGUUGCCAGUUUGAAGAACAGAUACGAUAAGUUGGAAAAUAAGACGGAAUUCCAUGAGGAGUUCAUCCGCUGCCUGAAGUACGCCAUGAUCAUUUACACCCGAGAGCCGGCAGUGGAGAAUGUCAUUGAUUUUGUCACAAAGUUUGCUGCAAGUUUCGAAACUCCUGUUAAUGAGAAUGCUGAAGAGGAGGAGGAGGAGGAAGACGAGAAUGAGUUUUUGAACUUCCUGUUCAACUUCCUGUUAGAGUCUCAUGGUGCAAACAGCCAUGCGGUGCGGUUUCGUGUUUGUCAGCUGGUGAAUAAGCUGCUGGGCAGUCUGAGUGAGAAUGCUCAGAUUGAUGAUGAUCUGUGUGAUAGGAUCCAUGAGGCCAUGCUGAUCAGAGUCACAGACAAAUACCCUAAUGUCAGGAUUCAGGCAGCACUGGCCAUGUCCAGAAUCCAGGACCCCAGUAACUUGGACUGCCCCACUAUUAAAGCUUAUAUGCUGCUUUUGGAAAAUGACUCAAACCCUGAAGUUAGACGAGCUGUGCUGUCUUGCAUUGCUCCCUCGGCCACUACACUUACUAAAAUCUACAAGCGCACCCGGGACGUCAAAGAGAAAGUCAGGAAACUUGCUUAUCAGGUACUGGCAGAGAAAGUGCACAUUCGAGCACUGAGCAUUGCUCAGAGAGUCAGUCUAUUGCAUGAAGGUCUCAGUGAUUCUGCAGACUCCGUAAAGGAGGUCGUCAAGACCCAUUUGCUGCCUGCUUGGCUUCGCAUGCAGCAGGGAGAUGUUUUGCAGUUGCUUCACAGACUGGAUGUAGAGAAUUGUGCAGAAACUGCAGUGACUACUUUACAAGCCAUCUUUUCCAUGGCAACAAGCCCCGAUGACCUCCUGCAGAACGGUGUCAGGCUGGAUGAGAGGAAACUAAUCCCUGUGGACUCCCUAACAUGCGAAAAUGUGUUGUACUGGAGAGCGUUGUGUGAGUUUGUCAAGAAUAAAGGAAAUGAAGGUGAGGAAUUACUGGAGCAGUUACUCCCUGAGGCGGCCAUCUUUGCGGAGUAUCUGUACAGUUAUCUAAAGAGCAUUACUCAGCUGUCUGAGGAGCAGAGAGCAGAUAUGACACAGCUUGAGAUGGUGAUGACCCAAGAGUACAUUGGUCAGCAGUUGAUUCUGCUAGUCGGGUGUCUGGACACUUCUGAAGAAGGCGGCAGGAAGCGCAUGGUAGCAGUGCUGCAGGACAUUCUUCUGAUGCCCAACACGCCCACCUCUCUGAUUGGUCUGCUAGUGGAGAAACUGAUUGGAAUUCUACGAGACGACGCACAGAAAAUUCAGAUGGUCAGAUACGGAUCAAAUUUCAAACAGCCUGCCCCAAAAAUUAAAGUGUUUUUCCCACACAUGCAACAAGCCUUGAGUGAUCCAAAGACCUUGCUGAAAUGUCUGACAAUGUGUGCCGAGUUGUUCAAGCAAAUGAACAUCAAGAGAGGAAUCUGCCCUACCAUGAAUGCUCUGAUUGAGUCACUGAUACUGCCAGGUGUGUCCAACCCUAACCCUGCUGUGCGCAACAUGGCUGUGAUCUGUUUGGGAACUGCUGCCCUCCACAGUAAAGACCUCGCCAACACACACCUUGUGCUGCUCUUGCAGAUCACACAGCUAGAUGAGCCUAAAAUCAGGAUCAGUGCUCUCCGAGCUCUCAUCGACCAGCUCCUGCUCAAUGGCCUCAACAUCCUGCAAGACAAGCCUGCUCCUGUCUCCCAAGACGACAGUAAUGGGCAGCCUGAACAUCAAGCUGAGGAGGAGGGUACCAUUCAGAGCAUCCUGAAGAUGCUCUCAGAAUUCCUUGAUAGUGAGAUCUGUGAGCUCCGCACAGAGACAGCAGAGGGUCUGGCCAAGUUGAUGUACUGUGGGAGAAUCCUGAGUCCAAAGCUGUUGUCCCGUCUGGUGCUGCUGUGGUACAAUCCUGUAACAGAGGAUGACCAAAGACUGCGCCACUGUCUGGGGGUAUUCUUACAGCUGUAUGCCCGGGCCAGCAGAACAAAUCAAGAGUGUGUGGAGGAGAGUUUUCUUCCAACCUUGAGAAAGCUGUUCAACGCUCCCGUGACAUCUCCAUUGUCUGAGGUAGACGCAUCCAACGUGGCUGAACUGUUUGUUGAACUAACUCGACCCAGCGCUCUUGUGAAGCCUGCUGCCGUACAGGCUGAGUCUGUGCAUGACUCCCUGGCAGUGCGUGUCUGUAAUGAAAUCUUGCGAGACAUUUCUGCUCCCGAGGUGCGUGUCUACUGUAAAACUCUCAGCUGGCUGGAGAUUAACUCUGAACCUGGACCGGCUAACAGUGAAUUGCAACUCCUGUUAAAAGACAUUUUAAAGGGAGUGAAAGAUAAGCACUGUAUAAGGAUUAUUGAGAAGCUUUGUAACCAGCUGAAUGGAGACCGUUGUUCCAAAUCAGCCGGAAACCAGGACACAACUUUGCAGAACUUGGAUGACAACAAUGGAGGUACUAGCUAG